AUGUUAUAUCGAUUAUUUCAAUUAUUAUUCUUAUUAGAAAUUUUUAUUAUUCAUUCAUUUGAAUGGGAUAUUUUAUUGAAUUUAGACGAUGAUGAUAAACUUUUAUGUUAUUCAUGUAAAGGUAAUGAAUGUGGACAAAUAACAAAUAAUAAUGACAAUAAAAUUCUUUGCAAUAAACGAACACAAUUAUGUUGGGCUGGUUUUAUGGAUCAUCAACCUUAUAGAACAUGUGCUAAUCGUCACUGUACACCAAGUGAUUUUUCAUUGGAUAGUCACGUUACUAUUGAAACAUGUUGUCGUUCAGAUUUAUGUAAUUCAAUUUUACUCACUUCGCCAAUAUCAGCCAGAUCGCACAAAAAAAUCUCAUCAUUGGCUGUUACUGAAACAUCUUCUAUUUCAAAAACACCACUAACAACUAGUAAAUAUAUAAAGCAACAUGCAAUAACAACGGCAGGUCAUGCUGUUGAUACGAUAGUUCAUGAAAAAUCACCAGUAUCAAUUGAGAAAAAUUCAUACAAUAACAAAGAGAAAGAUGAAAAUAUAUCUCAAUUAAAACUCAAUACAAGUAAUCCGAAUAGUUUUGGUGUUAAUUGGGAUCGUAUAUCAUAUGAUCAAAGUUUUAGUAUUCGUGUAACAUCAAUAAACAAUAUUCUUCUUUUUUUAAUGUCACUUUUAUUAAUUAUAAUUUUUUAA